UUUCACUUUGUGCAAUGACGUGUCAGGAAAGUGCCGGAAGCUCUCGGAGUGUCCAAAAUGGCUUACCAGACGCUCCAGCAGGAGUAUUUCCAGAUUCCGGUCGUUACCCGGGCUUACACCACCGCCUGCGUGCUCACCACCGCCGCCGUGCAACUAGAGAUCAUCACACCAUUUCAGCUAUACUUCAAUCCAGAUUUGAUUCUGAGGAAUUACCAGGUAUGGCGACUAAUAACCAACUUCCUGUUUUUUGGACCAGUUGGCUUCAAUUUCCUGUUCAAUAUGAUUUUUCUGUACAGAUACUGUCGUAUGCUGGAGGAGGGCUCUUUCAGGGGACGUACAGCUGACUUCGUCUUCAUGUUCCUUUUUGGAGGGCUUCUGAUGACUAUAUUUGGCACUUUUGUGAGUCUGGUGUUCCUGGGUCAAGCCUUCACGAUCAUGCUGGUGUACGUGUGGAGUCGGCGAAACCCGAACGUCCGCAUGAAUUUCUUUGGCCUGCUGAAUUUCCAGGCACCCUUUCUGCCUUGGGUGCUGAUGGGAUUCUCACUUCUGCUGGGCAACUCGAUCAUCGUGGAUCUUUUAGGUAUCGCUGUUGGUCACGUGUACUACUUUCUGGAGGAUGUUUUCCCCAACCAGCCAGGUGGUGGAAGGUGGCUGAGGACCCCAUCUAUCAUAAAGAUGCUGUUUGACACUCCAGAAGAAGACGCCAACUACAACCCCCUGCCCGAGGAGCGCCCAGGAGGGUUUGCAUGGGGAGAGGGACAGCGCCUCGGAGGUUAAACAUGCCCCCGGAUCAGGUCACUUCCAAGGACACUCCCUCAGAGAGACGAAGGGGACAAACAUGUCCUUUGUUUUGACAUGUUUAUUUAGUUCUGGAUGAAGAAUGCCAAGCAACCAGAACUGGUUUGAAGAUAACCGUCUGUUGUCUUUGUGUAUGGGCUUAAAUCAUCCUCAGAAACUCUUCUUGAUGCCAGAUCGUUGCUCUAAGACUAUUUGAGAGAACACAAGCUUCGGAUGGAACUUUGGAACGGUGUGCCUUUGGGCUCAGGUGAUGUUUGUCCUCAUCUAAGAAAAAAAAUAUUGAUAUACAACAACUGUCAUACGAAAGAGAGAAAAAUGACAGCAGCAAAAUAUUAUCAGAAUGAAUUUAUUCAGAUGGCAAGUGCAUUUUUUUUUUCCAUUUCACUUUUUUUAAAAAUAAAUGUGUGUGGCAAAUGAUGCUUUGGUUUCAUCUCUUUGAACUGUAGUGAUAUUGCAUGAAACCAAAGACGUCUCAACAAAUUAGGUACAUUCAUACAAAUAACAGAUUCAUACAAAUAACAUUCUGGUCAGGAGACAGGGUCUGGUAGCUUCAUUCUCUUCACACAGCUUUACUGCAUUUUUUAUUUCAGUCCAUACAAACAGCCUUAAAUCACAUCAGUCAGUCAGUAAUACACAAUCCUGCUUAUUUUUAUACUAUCAGCUGAGUUUGACUUUUUUUCUGUUGUCAUGUGAUCCUGCGGCAUGUGUUGAAUGGAUUAUCGGUCAAGAAUGUUUGGCUUGUGUUUGUUGCUCUAGAGAAAGGAUGAGAGAAAUUCUGAGUUGUAGCGUCACAUAUGUUAAAUUAAGAUUAAAAUUGAAGAGGUUUGUUGAUUUCUGCUUGCAUUAGAUUAAAAAAAAAAACUUAAUGGGCCUUAAAUUGAGUUUCUAAUAAUCUGUGAAUAAUAUAGUGGGCUGAGGUGAGGUAUGGACUGUAAUGAAGUCAGACUUUUUGUAUCACAGCUGAUUGUCUUCUGUUUAAUUUCACAUUUUUGAAUUCUUUUAAGUAAACUGCUAUACAAAUGGAGUUGGGUUUCACUGUUACAGAUACAAUUGCCCUUUCACUCAUCCUUUUGAAGGGAUACCAUGCAGGCCUAGUGAUAAUAAACAUAAUACACUGUAUUUUAGUGCCAUGUUUACAUUCAUAAUUCAUCAUUCUCAUGUUUGUUCUUCACAUGUUUUGUUUUGAUCUGAUUACAUGUUAUGUUUUUAUUGUAAAGUAGCACAUUAAAUAAAUUGAAAUUGUCAUUAAAUCCACGAUGAAAGAGGAAACGCA